AUGAAAUAAAUACUCAUCAAUUAUUUUAAUAUUAAUAUUGUUAUUGCUUCAUUUUUUGAAUUUCUUCUUCUAUUUCCUAUUCAAUAUCCUUUCUUAAAUCUUCUCCAAUUAGUUGGCUCAUAUUUUUAAAUUAGUCUCUGUAUGCUUCUAUGGCAAUAUUCUGAGCUCUUUAGGCUAACAUAACUUUAAUAAGAGCCUUUUCUCUCAUUUUUAACUCCUAUAUUUAUUUAUAUUAUUUUUUUAACUGUGUAAUAAAUGACUCUGUAUUGCUUUUUUAAUAUUUCAAAGCUUCAAUUUUAUCUUCGUCUGAAAGAUAACUUUCAUAUUAGUUAUAGAAAUUUGCAAAUACUUUCUCAAUUACUUCCUUUGGAUUGCCAUACUAUGCUGUAGUGUAGUAAUAAAAUUCUAAGAAUUUAUAUAGUAAAUCUAUCUGUUGAAUAGCAAUUAGUUGAUUUGGCUGACGGUCUUUAUCGAUUAUUUAGAAGACAAAAUAAGUUAAGACAUUAUUUAUAAAUGUAUUUUCAUCUAAUCUUGCUAUUUUUUGAUUAAAGCCAGAGCUACUUUAGUCAUACAAAUAUCUCUCGUUUUGCUUUUAUAGUAAUUGGAGAUAUUAAUUCAUUGGAUGGUUGCUGCUGUCUGCAAAGCACAUUUCAUAAUACUACUUCAAUUAUUCGUUCUUUAGACAAUUGUCCUAAAAUAGAAAUAUUUCUAUGA